GUUCUAGUCUCUAAUGUCCCUCUCUGUCCUCAGACUGUAUUUAAACUCUUGUGUGGAGGUUCUAGUCUCUAAUGUCCCUCUCUGUCCUCAGUCUUUGUGGCUGUGGUCUGUCUCCUCACAGCUGUGCUCCUCUGGCCUCAGUCCUCAGCUCCUCCAGUCUCACACAUCUGGAUCUCAGUCACAACGACCUCCAGGACUCAGGAGUGGAGCUGCUGUGUUCUGGACUGAAGAGCGCCCCCUGCAGACUGGAGACGCUCAGGCUGUCUGGAUGUCUGGUCUCAGAGAGGGGCGGGGCUGCUCUGGCCUCAGCUCUGAGCUCCGCCCCCUCCCACCUCAGAGAGUUGGACCUGAGCUACAACCAUCCAGGACCCUCCGCCGAGCUCCUGACCGCUCUACAGGACCAGCGCCCCCUGCUGUCUGUCAGGUUGGAUCCUGCUGGAGAGCGCUGGAUGGUUCCAGGUCUGAGGAAGUACUCCUGUGACGUUUCUCUGGACCCAAACACAGCUCACAGACGUAUGCUUCUGUCUGAGGACCAUCGCACGGUGACCUGCGUGAAGGAGGAGCAGGAGUAUCCAGAUCAUGACGACAGGUUCACAGUCCGGCCUCAGGUCCUGAGCUGCACCGGCCUCAGGGGGCGCUGUUACUGGGAGGUGGACUGGAGCGGGAGGAGGGUUGAAAUAGCAGUGAGUUACAGAGAGAUCAGACGGAGCGGGGGAGGGGAGUGUGAGUUUGGAUUCAACGAUCACUCCUGGUGUCUGAGGAUCUACGAUGACGGAGAGUACUUUGUCUGGUACAACAGCAACUCAACGCGCCUCCACCGCUGCUGUCACUCAGAGAGAGGGGGCGUGCCCUGUGGCAGAGUGGGCGUGUUCCUGGACUCUGAGGCUGGAGCUCUGUCCUUCUAUGACGUCUCCUCUGCUGGAGAACUGUUCCACCUCUGGACCUUCUCCUCGUCCUUCUCUGAGCCUCUGUUUCCAGGGUUUAGGAUGGUGAGCGAAGGUUCCUCUGUGACUCUGGUGAAAGAGACGAGACAAACCUGAAGAUAAACUGGACUUGUGCCACGAUGAGAACAAAAAAUAAAGAGAAAUAAAAAAUGAAAACUGAAAUAAAAACUCUAAACACAGAAAGUGAACGAGGCCAAAGUGACUGGACUGUUUUGGACCAGAGGAGGUAUGGGGCAUUAACUGUAACAUGUUACAUAUUUAGAUCACCGUGUUCAUUUUAUUGUUUUGAAAAUUCUAUAUUAUUAUUCUAUUUUAUCGAUGUAUUCAUGUUUUAUAAGUUUCACUUUAGUUUGAGUCACUCUGAGUCUCUCCUCCCUUUGCUCCCUGCACUAAGUCACAGCGUAACAUCACAGCAAACUCGGCUGACAGGAGCUGACGGGGAUUUACUGUCAUGGUUCUUUUAUGUUAUUAGGUUCUUUUUUCAGACCAAGGGUUUGUUUUCAUCCCUGACAGUUUGAA